UACACCUGAGUGCGCGCUGCUCUCAGGUCGACUCCGCGUUCCUUCACGGUGCCUUCACGGACUUUCGGUUGUUUGGCUUUCAUCUAGCAUACGGGCUGACAGAGAGAAAAGGGGACUUUGUAUUUAAAUCGCAUUUGUAAGGACUUUACUUCCACGUUGUGUCUGCGCCGAGAGGAAGCCUGAAGUCGGGCGACGACUCGGUCUGUCCUGUGGAGGAAUACAGGCGCCGGUGUUCAGUGAACGUCCCAGCCUGGUUGUGUUUGGACGUUAGCUUGAGCGGCUAAUCUUCCACAGCUCUCUUUCCGACUUGACUUGUGUUCUCCCCUCAGUGGGACAACUGUGUCCCCGGUGAGACGACGUUGUCCUGCGUGCUGGUUUGGUCUGACAAUCAGCAAGACGCCAUUCCGAUGCCAGGUGGGGGCAAGCAACAUGGAGGCUAACUAGCUACCAACACAGCAUUCAAACGCCACCAUGCCAGCAGGAGUGUGCGGCUGCUGUGGGCCGCUAAGGCCACGCUACAAACGUCUGGUGGACAACAUCUUUCCCGAAGACCCCAAAGACGGUCUGAGCAAGUCGGACAUGGAGAAGCUGACCUUCUACGCUGUGUCUGCACCGGAAAAAUUGGACCGGAUCGGAGCAUACCUGGCUGAGCGGCUGAGCAGGGACGUGGUGCGCCAUCGCUACUGGAACGUGGUAAUCGCCAUGGAGGCUCUGGACCAGCUUCUGAUGGCCUGUCACUCUCAGAGCAUCAAGCCCUUUGUGGAGAGUUUCCUGCACAUGGUGGCCAAACUGCUGGAGUCCAGAGAGCCAAAACUGCAGGUCCUGGGGACCAACUCGUUUGUGAAGUUUGCCAACAUCGAGGAAGACACUCCCUCCUACCAUCGCCGCUAUGACUUCUUCGUGUCCCAGUUCAGCGCCAUGUGCCACUCUACCCACGAAGAUGUGGACACCAGGACCAGGAUCCGAGUGGCGGGAAUUAAAGGUCUGCAGGGAGUGGUUAGGAAGACGGUGAAUGAUGAGCUGCAGGCCAUCAUAUGGGAGCCGCAGCACAUGGACAAACUCAUUCCCUCCAUGCUUUUCAACAUGCAGGACAGCGAUGACCUGGACAGGGCGGGGCAUCCCAGCACGCCAUCAGUGUCAGGUCAGGACGGCGAGGAGAACCCGGCCACGCUGGCAGAGAACUGCUUCAGAGAGCUGCUGGGCCGAGCCGCCUACGGCAACAUGAACAACGCUGUGCGACCCGUGCUGGUUCACCUGGACAACCAUCACCUGUGGGAGCCAAACGAGUUUGCUGUUUCCUGCUUCAGGAUCAUCAUGUACUCCAUCCAGGCUCAGCAUUCGCACCACGUCAUCCAGCAGGUCCUAGGCCACCUGGACAUGCACAACAAGAACACUCCUCGAGUGCGUGCCGGCAUCGUCCAGGUGCUGCUUGAGACCGUGGCCAUCGCUGCCAAAGGCUCCGUGGGAACCAUCCAAAAGUCCAAACAAGGUGAUGUGUUCACCUUCCAGAGUGAACACGGGACCCUUCCCAACCUCUGGCUCGGUCCCACCGUGCUGGAAGUUUUCAACACGCUGCUCAAACACUUGAGGAUGAGCGUGGACUUCGAGCUAGGUGAGAGCUCCAGGAGGAAUUCCAGCAGCAGCGUUUCAUCCGGCCGCAGCAAGGAGAGCGAAGAGCGCAUCGUCCAGAACGCCAUCAUCCAGACCAUUGGAUUCUUUGGAGGGAACCUGCCUGACUACCAACGAGCUGAGGUCAUGAUGUUCAUCAUGGGCAAGGUACCAGUGUACGGGACCCCCUGCCACACCUUGGAUACUGUCAAAAUCGGGCAUCAAGGAACCAAACGGAUCCAGACCAUGCUGCUCAGCUCGCUCAUCAUGGUCACGUCAGGCUUUAAGUCCAAGUCCAUGGCGGCUGCGCUCCCCCCUCCCUUCCUGGACCCGCUCUUCUCCAUCUCCCUCAUGGAGGAUGGUGAGCUAAGGCAGCUUGUGCUGGAGAUCCUGCACAACAUCAUCGAUCGCCAUGACAACCGAGCUAAACUGCGCGGCAUCAGGAUCAUUCCCAACGUGGCUGCACUGAAGAUCAAGAGAGAAAAGAUCUCCAAGCAGGAUGUGGCCUUCAUGAAGAAGCACGGCCAGCAGCUGUACCGCCACAUCUACCUGGGCUGCAAGGAGGACGACAACGUGCACAAGAACUUUGAACUGCUCUUCACCACACUUGCCAUCCUCACCAUCGAGCUCGCCAGCGAAGAAGUGGUCAUCGACCUCAUCCGACUCAACAUCGCUUUGCAGGAUAUGGUGCUGGCCAAUGAGGAGAACAUGUCCAUGUCUCUCCGCUGCGGCGUGAUGGCAUUGGUGGCGGCAUACCUCAACUUCCUGAGCCAGAUGAUUGCCAACCCGUCUUUCUGCCAGCACGUCAGCAAGGUGAUUGAGCUGAGGAACAUGGACGCACCAUAUCUUCUGCCAGAGCAUAUCUUUAGGGACAAGUGCACCCUUCCUGAGUGUUUGGAUAAGGAGGAGCGAGCGCUGUACUUCCAGACCACUGAGAUAACCGAGUGCCUGGCUGGUCCAGGAUACAACGCUGAGAGACUGUCCAUCCCUUACGUCCCUCAAGUCACAGUGCUUUACACAGUGGGAAAAAUUCUGCACAGGUGCAAACAGACGUCACAAGACCGCCUUUCCCGGAGGAAGAGUUUUGUGGACACCGUCUCAUUGCAAGUGGACAUCAUGUCCAAUAAUCUUCCUGAUAAGUCACAGCUAGCUGAGGAGAUCACCUUUGAGACCCUGAAGAAAGCCAUCGACACGAGCGGCCUAGAGGAGCAGGAACGCGAGCGGAGACGUCAGGUGAUGGAGAAGUUCCAGAAAGCUCCGUUUGAAGAGCUCGCCGCCCACUGCGAGUCGAAGGCCAACAUGCUGAACGAGCGUUUGGCGCACAUCUUUGAACUCACCAUCAGGCCGCCGCCCAGUCCUUCCGGAGUGGUGUCGGUGUCAUCAGGCCACGCCCAGAACCAGUCUGUGCCCGUAUACGAGAUGAAGUUUCCAGACCUUUGUGUCUAUUGAGACAGUCACCAUGGAAACCUGAUGCAGCCACUAGGGGGGAAGCAGCACUUGAAAAUGACAUUCAUCAGAAAGUGUCAACAUACUGAGCCAAAUUAAUAAUGAUUGAUUGUAGAAGCUCGCCUUUCAGUCAUUCGCCACCAUGCCCAUCACCUCCACAGUGCGCUCCCACGUGCAUGCUCUUAUAAGAUGCAUUCACUGACAACAUUUCAUGUUUGGACUUUUGAGAAUCCCAGAGAUGAAAAGAUGUAGAAAGACAAGUAGAGUUUGACUGGCAGGGGGCGGAGCUACAGCUAAUGGUGUUGUGUAGGAGAGUGUGAGGGACUCGUCUGACAGAACUUUCCACCACGUCAAUGUGACAAUCAGGAUGCUGAGUCAGCAGUGCAAAGGUAGAGAUCAAUAAAGAUUGUGAGCAGGAAGUUGUCAGAUGGUUGGCCAGGAUUUCAAAAUAAAAGCUGGAAUCUAAAUGAAUGUUUGAAUAGCGCUUCAGCAGAUGCUGUAAGACAAAUAUACUUUUAUUUGAUGCAGUAGAAAAUUAGUACCAAGAUUUAAGUUAGACAAGAUAAAUGUAAUUUUAGCACUAGAUUGUCUAUUUUUCUAUCACUGCCUACCAGAUGAAAGUAUUUUAUUGCACUAUGUUGCUAACACUUCGAGAAUGUGUUCUCCAUCACUUUGGGCUCUUUAGAUGUACUGUUUUAGAGUAACCGCUGAUCUAUGCCCACAGAUCUGUACUCCACCAUGCUGCAUUCAAGACCCAUUCAUGUGUACGAAAUGUCCGUCGUGAUUUUAAGCACUAGAUGGCGCCGAGGCCAAACUCAGCACUGCGUAUCACACGGUACUUCUGACUUAGUCAAAAAAAGUUUUCCAUGUCUGCGGCAAUCUUCGUGAAAAAUGUUUGUUUGACGUUAAUAAAGUAAUAAAGUUGAUAUUUGAGCACCAGU